AAUCGUUGUGCAUCUAUGUUAAACUAUUUUCUCACGAUAUGUUUGCAGGCUUUGGAAGAAGUUGAGAAGAACUUUGCAACAAUGAGAGUUAUGCUUUGUGGAGAUGGGGAGGUUGAACCCAACAUGGAUCAGGUUUCGCAGUUGACGCUUGAAAUCUGUAAAGAAGAUGUUCUUGCUCUUUUUAUUCACAAGUUACCUAUAUUGGAAUGGGAAGCAAGAAAAGAUCUGGUUCACUGUUGGUCCAUAUUGUUGAAACAAAAGGGUGACUCCACUUAUUGCUGUGUGCAAUAUCUAGAGAACCAUUUAGAGUUACUAGACUUUCUUGUUGUGAGCUAUGAUAACAAGGAAAUUGCCUUGAAUUGUGGAAAUAUAUUGAGGGAAUGCAUCAAAUUACCUACUCUUGCAAAGUAAGACACUCAUGCUUUUAUUUAUUCCUUUAGUUAUUUUUUGAAGGUCCUUAUUUCUGACUAAAAUUGAUGCUAACAUCAUGAAUCAUUUUGCUAUUUCCAGUAGAUGAAUUUAAAUAGUUGGCCAUUCUUUAUGUAUGAAACAAAUAGUAAAUAAAUAAGACAAAGGUUGAUGUUCUUGGGGGUAUGAUUGCUUUAAAAUGUUGCCGAGGCUUACUCGUGAGGAUUGUCCAAAGAUGACACAUUAGAAAGACUGCCUCAAAUUAGUGGCAUUAGAGAAAAUAAAACCUUGCUUACUUGCAUAGAUAAAAGAAAGCCACAACCUGUACUGUGAAUGGUUGCACAUCUUUCCCUUUACCUGAUGUGGGAAGGCACAAUCUUAUUGCAUAGUAUAAUGAAAUAAAUACACGUUCUUUAUUUUUAGUGCACCAAACCCCACAAGGAGUUGCGCUGGUGAAGGAGUCGUCAUCUUUGAUUCUACUUUACAUUAGUUCCCUCUCUCCCGAUGAGGCUAUUUUUCUGGAAGAAUGAAACCAAUGAUCCAAAAAUUGGUUGGAAGGAAGAGGGAUCACCUUUUCAAAAUAUUAAACUAUGAAUCUAAAUUGACAAGGAUUUAAGAGAGUUUCAAUCUCUAUUUUGAAAUGCUUGACAUUUGUGUCAUGAUUCUGAUUUUCAAUUAGUUUGUAAGAGAAGCAUUAAAGCAAACAUUUUCUAAAUGGAAGAACUUUCCCUUUUAAUGUUGUUUGUUGUCAUAGAGCUGAAGUGUUCUACUAAAAUUCCUAAUGCUUUUAAAGUUUCUGUAUACUAUGUUGAGUAGGGCUUCUAAGCAUUAGGAAUUUAACAGUUGUUUACCUGGUGUGUGAAUCAUAUGCAGCCUAAGCAAAUUCCUAGUUGAGAAAAGAACUCAGUAUGGGUUGGUCAUGUUAAGUAAUUCUUCGACAAAAAAAAAUUCUCUCUAGAAAUGUCCUCCGCAGUUCUCGGAGGGUAAUGUUCCCAGUAAGGAAAGAAGUUGGGCCACGCCGGCGAAUUUUGUUUCUUGGUGGCCGGUCGUUUGAAUUUGAGGAGUCCGAUGGAGUGGAUGGGAAGUGCGGGUUAUCGAUUGUUGAGAGGGGGGAGGGGUUACGACGGGCGGUGGUGCUGAAUGUUUCGGAAGUUCGUUGGUUGGUGGUCAGGAUGAGGUUGGCAUCUAAGAAAUCCAACAGCCUCAAGUUUUGGGGCCGUCUCAGUGGGGGUAGUCGGACUACAGCGGUCUGGGUACGAGGUGAGGAAGGUAGGGGGAUUUCUUUUCAAAUUGUGGUCACCACAGGACAGAGACGUGAACAAGUUUACAUACCUGUGUCUGCGUUCGAUGAUGGCUGGGAAGGGGUGGCGUUGGCUAUCAAUGGCUUUGGGUUGUGCGUUGCAAAGGCCUCCCAGCCCGUUGGCUUCAGGAAGGUUUCUUCAACUUCUGCUGCCGAAUGUGAGUUUGUAGGGGUUGUACGCUCUGAGGUGGAGGUGGAUUGGUUUCGCAUCUUGGAUAGAUCGCUAGUGGGUAAACUGGGGGGUUUGGGGGGGAAAGGCUUGAGUUUCGUGACCAUCUCUGAUUGGGUUGCCCGAUGGUGGAAGCAUUCGGGGAAGGUGGACGUAAGACCUUUGGGGGAUAAAGCAUUUUUGUUUGUUUUGUCAAGUAGAGGUAAGAUGGAAGCGCUGUUAAGACGGCAGUGGACAGUGGAAGGAUGUGAUUUAUUACUGGAGUGGUGGUCACCACUAGCUCUUUGUACUCCGCCAAAGACUUUGCGGCUUGAGAAGAGUGUGUGGAUUCGAUUGAUGGGUCUGCCUAUUCAUCUCCGAGGGGAGGCGGUGUUUCAUUUCAUCGGCGAUCGUUGUGGUGGCUUCAUCGAGGCAGAUGAGUCGUCGGUGGAUCUAGGUUCCAUUCGGCUUCAUGUGCGAUGCUCAGAGUUCACGCCUUCGCGAGUGUCCUUCCGCUGGGGGAUGUGGCAGUUUUCAUUGCCAGUUUGGUAGAAGACGAUCCGGUGGUGGAACGGUGGACGCCGGUGACCGUGAAAGAUGGGGAUUUUGUGACGAAUAUGGUAACGACGGAUUUUGGGCAACUAGGGCAGGAUUUUCAGCUGAGAAUGAGGGUGAAUGACUAUCUGCAAAGAUUUAGGAGAGAGGAACGACCCAUGGGUUUUCAGGGUAAUUUUACCCAGCGGGUGGGGGCAGCGGUGGGUCAUCCAAGACAGGCCUAGGCCCAACGUAGGUGGGCUGUGGUUAAAAAUAAGGGGACUCAUUUGGGGGCCUAGGUGGUUAAGGGGGUGAGGCCGGUGGCUUAUCAGUCCAGCCCACAGGGGGGUGGCUUCUCAAGCCUCAAAGGGGUUGGUGAUUUGGGCCUUUCUGAGCAGCCCAAUAGUCUUGUUAAUACGGAUGUGGGUCAGACUGAGGGUGGGUUGGGUUGUAGGGCUUCCUGCGAUCUACAUUUGAGUGAGUCGGGUCGGGUGGCUCCGUUUAGGCUAGGGGGUCAUCGGCGAGGAUCUGUGUCGCCGUCCGGACUGGAGUUGGUGGUCCACCGUACUAUAUCUGCUGAGGCACAAGGAUCGCGACUGGUAGAGGCGUCGAAGAGUGGCACUUCACAGUUGGCGGCUUCGAAGUUGGGUGCACGACAGUCCCGGUUGGAACUAGAUAUGCCUCGUGAUGCGUCAUCUGCGGAGGAACAUGGGUCGCGUCUGCUAGUGGCGUCGGAAAGAGAUACUUCUCAAUCGGCGGCCUCAGAGUUGGUUGAGCGACAGUCCUAGCUGGAGCUAGAGAUACCACGUGGUGCGCCAUCGGUGGGGGAACAAGGGUCGCGAUUGCUGGUGGCGUCGGACUCAGAGUCGGUUGAGCGACAGUCCCAGUUGGUGUUGGAGACGUCUCGCGAUGCAUCUUGGGCUGACCAAGGAGGGAAGGGGCAUGAGUGUGUGGGAUAGUCACAGGUCUUGGAGUUGCAGCCCUUAGCAGUGCAAGAUAGUGAAUUGGUCACUUGUUUCAAACAAAAACAGAGGUUUGAGGAUAUUGGGGGAUUAUCGGGGAAGGAAAUUCCUUCGGCAGAAGCCGUGUCCCAGUGGGUGUUGGAUCGAAUUAGUGAAGUUAGUCAUUGUUUGGGCUUGUCCUUCGAAGGCCACGAAGAUGAGGCUAUGCGAGUUUUUGCGGCGGUGGAGGCUUCAUGGAGGCAAGGUACUCCCAGUCCAAGAGUGUCUCGCUCAUUGGUGACCCUUUCUAAACGAAAUCGGAAGCUUAAGAAUUUGGAAUGUUCUGUGAAUUAUGAUCAUGGUGUGAGGAAUGUAGAACGGAGUGAAAGGAGAGAUCGGAGGGGCCCAUUGUUGUUGAAAUGAAUAUAAAAAUUGUAUCGUGGAAUGUGCGGGGGUUGAAUGAUAGGGAUAAAAGGGUGGCGGUGAAGGCGGUUUUGCGGAGUGCCAACCCGGAUAUUGUAUGCUUACAAGAGACGAAGAUGGAAGAGGUGGGAGUGGAGCUGAUUCGCGAGGUGUGGGGGAGAGGUUUGUGGAGUGGACCUUUUUGCCCUCGUUAGGCACGGCAGGUGGGGUUCUUCUCUGUUGGGAUAAGAGGGUAGUGGUGAGGGAGGAGGAGGAGAUAGGAGGUUUUUCUGUCUCUUGUUUGUUCUGUUGUGUGGAUGAUAAUUUCCGAUGGGAUUUUACUGGGGUAUAUGGGCUUGUGCAGGAUUCCGAGCGGGGUUUGUUUUUGGAGGAGAUAGAGAACAUAGCUUUUCGCUGGGAUGUCCCCUGGUGUGUAGGGGGUGAUUUUAAUGUUGUCUGUUGGCCUUCGGAGAAGUCGGGGAUUGCCAGGAGUUCGGGGGCAAUGCGGGCUUUUUGUUCUUUUAUUGAUGAUUUACAGUUGGUUGAUUUACCUAUCCAGAGGGGCAGCUUCACAUGGUCAAAUGGUCGGAGUUUGUCUCGAAUUGAUCAGUUCUUGGUUACUGUGGGCUGGGAGGAGCACUUUUUUGAGGUGGUUCAGCUUCGUUUACCUCGACCUGUGUCUGAUCAUUGGCCAAUUUUAUUGGAUAGUGGGGGGAUCCGACGUGGUCCUAUGCCAUUUCGAUUUGAGAAUAUGUGGUUGCAACAUGAGGGUUUUCUAGACCUAGUUUGUGGUUGGUGGAAUAGCUACGAGGUUCGUGGUUCUCCUAGUUGUGUGUUGGCUCAAAAACUGAAGAUGUUGAAAGCGGCCUUAAAAAUUGGAAUAAGGAGGUGUUUGGUCGGCUAGAGGGCCAAAAAGCUGCAGUGGUGUCUUUACUUCAAUCCUUUGAUGAGCUGGAGGUGCAAGCUGAGCUGCCUACUGAGGCCGGUAUUCGUAAGGAGGCGGCUAGAUAGGAUUUUGUUCGUAUAUCCCGUAUGGAGGAGGUUUGUUUUCGUCAAAAGUCUAGAUGUUUGUGGUUAAAGGAUGGGGAUCGAAAUACGAAAUUCUUUCACCAUAUGGCUAAUGCUCAUUGAAGGGUUAAUCAGAUUAGUAUGUUAUGGGUGGAUGGUCGGGAGCUGUACAUCGAUAGAGAGAUUAAGGACGGGGUAGUGGGUUUCUAUCAGCAUUUAUUCCGGCCUCAAGAGGGGGUUUGGCGGCCAGGUCUGGAAGGUGUUCAGUUUGCUACGAUUCUGGACGAGGAUUAGGAGAGUUUGGAGCGAGCUUUUACAGAGGAGGUGUUUGGAGCUUUGCGGGCGAUGAGUGGGGAAAAGCCCCAGAUCCGGAUGGUUUCACUAUGGCUUUCUUCCAGCAUUGUUGGAGCGUGGUUAAGAGUGAUAUCAUGGCAACUUCGGCGGAUUUCCUGGUGUCUGGGUGUUAGAAUUUCCCAUC